AGUAACACAGAUCCUACGAAUACGACUAACUACAAAUUUUUAUUAUAAAAUAUUGUAGUAUUAUACACUAUGGCUAAUUUGAGAAUGCUCGCGUUCCUGAUUCUGGGAGUCGCAGCAAUUAUAGCAGCUUAUCCAGAUAAGCAUGGAGAAGAUCAUAACCGUGAUUAUGGAUCCCAUGAUGGACUUGGAGGACAUAGUCAAGGACAUGAACAACAAGAAGGACAUGGUAAAGUACGUGGACAUCAGGAAGAACGUGGUCAAGGUCAUGGAAAACAAGAAGGACAGGGUCAAGGAUAUGGACAAAAAGAAGAGCAUGGUCAAGGACAUGGACAUCAAGAAAAACAUGAUCAAGGACAUGGAAAACAAGAAGGACAUGGACAUCAAGAAGAAAAUUGUCAAGGAUAUGGAAAACAAGAAGGACAUGGUAAAGUACAUGGACAUCAACACGAACAUGGUCAAGCACAUGGACAUAAAUAAGGAAAUGUUCAUUGAGGAUAUGGUGGGAAGUCAUCAGGGUGGCUACAAGAAACAUGGACACUAAAUUUAAUAAUUUUAAAAUUGUAUUUCCUUAUCAAAGAUAAUCAGAACAAGUUAAUCAAA